AGCAAUGUUUAGUUAGCAGCUGCCGUGCUGUGCUGGGGGUUUCUGAUAUUCUGGCUUGUGCUUGUCUGGCCUCUACAGCACGGAUCCGUCAAGUCACAGCAGGCGGCCCUCAGCUCAAUUCCACUUCCAGUUUCAAUCUCAAGCCUUCGGAUGUUCUGAACACACGACCGACAGACAGACAGAUACAUCACACAUCAAACCACCCCCCCACGACCAUGGCGUUUUCGCGGACGUGGCUGCAACACGUUUGCGGCCUCCUUUUCUUCCUCUGUUCCGUUUCCGCCCUCAAGUUCGACCUCGAAGCAAAGAAUGGAAAGCAAGAGAGAUGUAUAAGGAAUUUCGUCGCCAAGGACACGCUGGUUGUGGUCACGGCCACCGUCGAUGGCUUCAAGGGCGAUGGAAUGCUUGUCAAUAUUAACAUCAAGGACGCCGUAGGAAACGAGUACGGCCGCGCCAAGGAUGUCGUCGGCGAGUCGCGACAGGUCUUCACUUCGCAUGCCGACGCUGCAUUCGACGUCUGCUUCGACAACCAAAUCACCGGACGACCCAACAACCCUACCCGUCACGUCGAGCUCGACAUUGAUAUUGGUGCCGACGCCAAGGACUGGUCUGCCAUCCAGGCCACCGAGAAGCUGAAGCCUAUCGAGGGCGAGUUGCGCCGCAUCGAGGAGACUGUCUCCGAGAUCGUCACUGAGAUGGACUACCUGCGCUCCCGCGAGCAGAAGCUCAGAGACACCAACGAGAGCACCAACACCCGCGUCAAGUGGUUCGGCAUUGGAACCACCACCCUGCUCGUCGCCUUGUGGGCGUGGCAGAUCAUGUACUUGAGGGCCUACUUCCGCAGCAAGCAUCUCAUCUAAACAUGACGGGGGUCAUUGGAUCAACGCAGAGAAGCAGGUGGGCAGGAACUGUUUGAUAGUCAAAUGGGCUUCUGGGUGGCAUUUUCAAGCGAUCUACAUGUGGUUGCGCCUUCAAGUAGCACUGGGUUCUACGGAGGCAGAAAAGAAACACCCCCGACGGAAGAAAAAGGCUUCGCGCCAUGUAUGCAUACGGUAACCUGUCAAGGCCAAGGCAUAGGCAUAUGCGUCUCAUGACAGGAAAGGAGUUUAGAGAUGAAUAAAUGGCGUAAUGACUGGCAGAAUCAGGGACUCACACAUCCCUACUUAGUAACGGCGAUGUGGUUGAACUGCAUCAAUGAACUCACCGAGUCUCACAUUUUCGCUCGGCCGACAAAAACGC